GUGCUGCACGACUGAAAAAAAAAAAAGUAAGUGUGAAAAUAAGCUUCCAACGGGAAAGCAGCCCCCUGUGGAACCCCUCUGAUCAGGCGACUCGCGGCGCAACAGAGCUCCAAACCCAGCACCGGCUCUAGAGGGCGAACCAGAGGCUAAACUGCCCAGACAACACGAGAGGUGUUUAAUGCAUGGAUAACGGCCGGCACAGGUCGUGCUCACAGAUGACCCGUCGGAGAGGUAGGCGGGGCAACCGGGCUGGUGGGGCUAACAACCCCACAAGUCAACCGGCUACGCCACCAGCUACGCCUCGGAACCAGCCUGGGAGCUCUGUUACACCCGGAAGCGGGGGUAUGCAGCCAGCAUGGGACCUUCGUCAGCUUACGGAAGGCAUGCUAACCCCGCGUACUCUAGUGGUCGACAACUCAGGGGCAGACGUAACAAGUGAACGUCCACGGAUCGGGAGCAGGAGAGAGGGCAACCUAACCACUGAGGUGCGCACCCCCCCCCGCCGCGACAAAGCGCGACGCGAGAGAUUCCGGUGCACGCGUCCGUCGGACGGGAGGAAAAUCCCGGUCGGGCAGGAAGCGCAGGAAGAGGUCCUCUGUUGGUGUCACGGGUGGNAAGAGGCCCUCUGUUGGUGUCACGGGUGGUGGCCUACCCAAUCUUGAGAGCAAGCUCGAGGAGGAUUACUACAGACAGCAGGGCGAGGCGAGGAGGGAGGCAUUGGCCCGUAAAGCUCGCGCGAUUGCCGAAGACGAACGGCGAAAAGCAGAAUCCGCGGGGAAUCACCCCGUUGAUCCUCGGCGUAGGAGUCACGGCGGGAACCCAAGACAAGCCGGUUCUCAGCCUGGAAAGCGGAAUGCGGGUAGGAGACUUUCUGCCCCAGCGGCGCUAUCUGUACGCCAACCAACAAGCAAGAAGCGAAGGAAGGCGUGCGAGCGGAUGGAAUGCGGAUGGGUUACAGACCACCCUGGCACCGAGUGUAGCAAAUGCCCCGGUAGUGUAGUGCACUCGGACGACGAUAAGCUAUGUUCGGCAUGCCACAGGGCUCCGACUGACGACGGUUUCAAGCACCUCCGCCCGGACCGGUUAGGGCGAGCAGUAGACUCCGUGGCCGCGUGGACACAAGGAGAGAAAACCCUCCCUCCAGCUCUCGUGCGAGACUUUAGGCCCAGCAAUGACUGCCUCUGCGCACGCCCAGACUGCUUCCUAGCUUUUUUCGCCGAGGAAGGAAGGAAGGCAGAGUCUCGCGUUUGCGGUACAUGUGGGUACCGGAAAUUGGGCAAGAGCAUCGUAAGGUGGUACCCCAUGGAUGCUGCAGAUGACGAUGUCGCGGAGGGGAACGCAGUGGUGAGCGAUGGCCUUUGGUGGUGCGGCCGCUGUUAUCAGAAACGGUUGGAGGUCAUAGAGACGAGAAACAGCCAGAGCACCCAGCGAACAAUGCGCAUGGAUGGGGGGGUGAGGCGCCGGUGCCUCCAGAUCCGUUGGACACGGUGCGCGCUAUCGUGGAAGAAGUCGUCCGUCGAGGUGAGAUCCUGUACUGGCAGGACGUCGCCGAUUGGGUAACAGCGGAACGCGCGAAGCUUGGCAUGGUGGAGUUACAAGGGAGAUGCCCAAGAAAAAUCGUCCGGGCCAUAUUUGCAAGCAUCGAGGAAUCCGGGACUUCACGCUUGGUCAGUCACGAACCAGCACAUGGAGACGCACGCGAGCGAGAACUUUUCCUCUUCCCAAACACCCUUGGGGACGAGCAUCUCGUUGACCUUAUGCUGCGUGCCCGCCGUAAUGCACCCGUACAGCCACCAUCCAACCAGCUAGCGGAUAAAGGCGGGUCUCUCAAGUCGAUUCUGGAGGAAGUCGAGUAGGACACGGAGGACGCAGACGCAAGGAUGUCCGUCGUGCGGGCAGCUGGUACAAUUGUUCGAGCCGACGUGGAGAGUGAUCCUGCCCUGAAGAACACCCCCGCGACGCGUGAGAAACAUCGCUGCGCCGAUGAGUCGGACAUGACAGUGAGGCCACCCAGAGAGAAUCUACUAACCGCGUUUCCUCCGGCCUUGGUUAGGUUUUACCAAAGCAUGACGAACAUGGCACUGUAUCGCGAAACCAUCGCAUCAGAGACCGAGCAUCCUGGAGAGCCCUGGGUAUGGCAGACCGAAGGGCAAGACCGACGGCACCCUACCACCUCGGGCGACUUGGAGGGCGAGGACGGUGAUGGAGAAUAGAAGGACAAGGUCAGUCAAGGAGCAGUGACGGUGUCGUUAGGGAAACGAACCGGGGAACAGGCCAGGCAUAUCGACAGCCUUACCCGCGACAGGCGAUCCACGCAUCGUUGCUUCUAGUGAUGUGUACGGUGGUGGUGAAGGCCAUUAUGCGUGGUCGGCACAUGGGUUCGCACGACAUCAAAGGGGCUCAAUGGGCAAAGUCUAAGGGUACGUGUCACGAUGUGAUCAAGUUUGUAGCGGAGCACGGUUUAUGGGCGACGACGUCGCAAAUUCAGCACCGAGAAGAUUUCCACGCGAGGUUCGUAGAGGACAAGGACCUCCUGAGCCGGGGCGCCGAGUACGCCGCCAUUCCCAUGGACAACUGUGACUUUGACCCGAGGGUCGGAGUUGGCCAGGGGGAGGGGCCUCAUCUUCCCUUCAUCGCUGCGACGGCCUUGGCGGAAGGGCCCGACGUAGGUCGAAUGGACGACUGGUGGAUGGUCAAGAGCCGGGGAUCUCUUACGGUGGAAGACGUCCUUAUGGGACCGGAGCGGGACCGGGAGGACGGAGCACGGCGGUAUAACGAGUUUUCGUCCGAACUCUACCGCGGCGUAUUCGCUGAGGCGCGGAACAACUCCGACAGGGCUGCGGCAGACACAUGCUUCGAGUCUGAACUCCGCAAGGCCAUCACACCCGAGGGCAAAUCGCCGCAGC